UUUCCCACUCCUCUGCUCCCUGUUUGACGCUGGGUAUUAUAAGAUGGGCAAUGGCUCUAGUUAGUCAGAAUACAUCAGUGUACAUCAUCAAAAUCUGGUAAAUAGACCAACAUUUGCAUUUAUUUUAUACAUUUUUCCCCAUCUGACUCCUAGAAUCAAAGUAAGGCGUGUAAGUAAAAUGUAAUGUUUGCAGAGUCAUGGAGGAAGGAAGUCUAUGAACGUGACUUAAUCGUACAUGAAUUAAACUAUAAAACGUCACCUGCCUCAUUCACGUCAGACAUAUUUCCAUCAGCAGUAUUGGUUGUUUAACAGUGAAGACAACAAUUCCCAUGAUCCCACACCCCUUAAAUCUUCUGUUUUGAUUGAGAGCGGGGCAGAAAUGACAUCCUGGUUAGUGUCAAACAGGGCAUGUCCUUCAGCAGCUGUGAACUUGAGCCUUUUGUUUAGGUUUUUUUUAUCAACAAAAGAAGAUGAUGUACAUGUAAUUCAGAAUGCAAUCUUCUCUAAGUGAGUUUUAACCAGUGGAGCUGCCACUGAACGUAACAUGACGCAGUCAGACAAUGCAGCGGCAUCAGUGAACAAUACAGCUGUCAAACACGUCAGCCACUCGGCGAAAAGAAAAGCCACCUCACGGGACAACAGAUGUUUAAUCAGCCCUGCCAAUGAUUAUUCAAUUAAUCUAUGGAGUAAAUUAGCAGGAAACAUCAGCAUUAUUUUCUCUUUCCUCUUGGAGCUGCUCUGAUAGAUUAUUUUCUUGUCAGACGUUGGCACGCUCUCUCGGCCCCGGCCCGGCUCGCUGUGUCCUCUUUCAUUUCCUUUUCACCCCCGGGUCUUUCUGUACCUGUCAAUUUCUUUCUACAGUGUGACUCCUUAAUCCACCUGAGUGCAUGGAGGACAGUUUUGACAUAAGAAGAAAAGAUAGACUCCUAAGGAGGGGACCAGUAUCUUUAGAGCCCAGGGGAUAACCGGAUUACGACAGCCAUUUUGUGCUGCUGGCAGUUUUUCUUAUUACCCAUCUCUCCCCCCCCCUCACUUCAUCUCUGUGGAGUUGAAACGCUGCCCUUUCUUAGAAGUCACACCAAACACUGACUGAGUACACAAAAACACAUCCGUCUAAAGCAAAUCAGUGGAAAGAAUAGAAGUAAAUCUCGACAGACGGGCGCCGGUAACAGAUUUCUCCAUUCUGCCCUUCAGAUCCUCUCAUGUUGUUGUUCUCAGACGGCAUUUCAUCUCUCUAAAAACAUGGCUCCACUGCGGAAGUAAUCAUUGUCUCUGUGUGGCGGUGCUCGCCUCCUGCGCGCCAGGCCUGAGCCCACAGCACAGCAGAUAACGGCACAGCCAUGAGGAGACAGAUCAACUGUCUGACCCCUGCUGCCAAUCACUUUAUCCCUCCGGGUCGUCAGCUCCGAGGAAACCCAGAGAAAAAAGAAAAACGAAAAAAAAACCCCGCUCUCUGAAAACGUCUUAUCGCUUCCACCCCUGACGCCGCGUGCGCCGCUGGAUCUUUUAUGUCCAUUUACUUUGCGGCGGAGGAGGCCCGCCGUACCGUUGAUUGUGGGAGGUAAAUGAAAUAAAGGCCUCCUUCCCGCCAGUGCCCUGAUAUCUGAGUUUAUCGCCGUCACCAAAACCUAAUCCCAGAGCUCCAGCUAACCAGCACAGGUCUGUGUGGGGAGAAACACAUCGUGCUUCUGUCAUGGAGGUCAGACAACAAUGGCGCCCUCAGUUCUGCAGAAUGGUGGAUUCGUUUUGGGUUUGAUCGGCGCGGCGGCCCUCAUCGCAGCUACGGCCAUGAACAAAUGGAGCGUGAAGGACAGGCAGGGGGACGUGGUGACGUCCAUUUACACCUACAAGGGUCUGUGGCAGGACUGCGAGACGACGACGGCAGGGUUAACAGAGUGUCGCCCGCUCUAUGGCCUCCUGGGCUUCUCAGGUUCCUUCCAGGCAGUGCGAGCCCUGAUGAUAGUGGGCGUGGUGCUGAGCGUCCUCGCGACGUUCAUAUCCGUCUUCUCCCUGACCUGCCUGACCAUGAACAGCAUGGCCGACAGCACCAAGGCCAAGAUGAGCCUCACCGCCGGCAUCAUGUUCAUCAUCGCAGGUGUGUGCGGCAUUGCAGGAGCUUCUAUCUACGCCAAUCAGAUCGUGGCCACUUUCAGGAUGUCCUCUUACAACAACUACGGGGGAGGCAUGGAAGGCAUGGGAGGGAUAGGAGGGAUGGGUGGGAUGGGUGGGAUGGGUGGAGGAAUGGGAGGAAUCCCCAGAUACACUUUCGGCCCUGCGCUGUUCGUGGCCUGGAUCGCAGGGGGCGUCCUCGUCAUUGGAGGCAUUCUGAAGUCACUGGCCUUCAGGGAAAUGGUGAAGGAUGAAAGGACGAGUUACCCAGGGGUUGUUUACAAACCUCAGCCCCGCACCAAGAGCGACCAGGGUGAUCACCAUUCAGUGGGCGGCAAGAAGGAGCAGAACUAUGUUUAACAGCUUCAAUAAUUUGGGUUUGCCAAGGCGUUUCACAAUCAGCAUGCUUUGUGCAAUUUUUGUUUUUGUUUUUUCCAGUGGCCUUGUUUUCGCAUCCAGUGCUAUGUCUUUACUAACUGCCAAUGGUGACAAUAACGUCUCACAUCUUAACAGCAUACUAACAGGUGGAAUAAGAAAUAUUUAGUUUUCAUGUGAAUGUCAGUGGUUACUAGAUAUUUGUAAAUGCUCAGAUGCUGUAUGUAAGCGAAGUUUUUUUUUUUACCUGAGUUAUUUUUUUAAAUCAUUUUAUUUUUAUGUUAAUAAAACAUUGAUUUGUGAAAUGUGUUUGUGGCAAGUGUUUUUGGUUUUUUUUGUUCAGUUACCCUUAAAGAUGGUAAAUGAAAACAUACACAUGCCUGAUUACUGACAUGUGGAACUCAUGUUUGCAUUUGAUUAUUUUACAUAUGAGUAAAGGUAAUUCAAGGAAGAGAUAUUCAUAUAUGAAUUGACUGUGAUUAUUCCAUACUAGCCAUUUGCUUUGGAAAACUGCUUCAACAUGCAAAGUAAAUUUCCAUGAAAGUUGGAUGGAGGAUGCGUCUGCCCAGAAUGGAGCACAGUUACUCUUGAUGUGGAUCCAGAUAAAAGGACAGAUCCGGGAGUUUUCUCUUUAACAUUGCUGUUUUUUCUAUAUUGUUAAUUUCCCAGGGAUUAAUGCAUUCAUGUUGUUGAGUAUUUUUUUGGCUGUAUUUAGGUGGCUUGUAUCUAUAAAUUGGUAGAAUUACAUGCACUUCCAAAUAAAGAUUUGGUUCUAGCAGAUUUAAAUGUUUUAUUUGUUAUUGGAUUAGGCUUGAUUGAAUUAAAGGGUGUUGGCCCUUGGUGGAGGUUCUACCAAGUGCGAUUUUAGUUCAGCCUUUAAAUACAGUAGCGAAAUCUUGAACCUUAUGGGGGAAGAAAGUAUUUUUUUUCCAUUUUAAAAAGGAACACAGAGAAAACAGGGUCAUAAAAAGCCUUUUCCUUACAAAUAUAGAAAAUGAACUACUCGGCUCCCUGUUACAGCACUGAGCUGCAAUGUUGUUUCACACCACUAGAUGUAAGCAAAUUCUUUCAUUUUAAAUCCGUCGGCAGACCAAAGCAGUUAUCUCUACUCGAAUACAACGAUGAAUGUUAUGACAUACUUCAUUAGCAUAAAAAAAACGUGAGCUAUGGACAAAAAAAACCCAUCAGAGACUUUGUUUAUUGUUGCAUAUUUAAACAGUCACCUCACUUGCUCAAAAACAAUCAAUCAUCCAAAAUAAAUCCAGUUCCUCUUCAAAGCAGAAGAUGCAGAAAAACACAGAGUUACAUCAGACCUCACAUCCCAACACUGGUUUACUGUGAGGUCUUCACUAAUAUGUGCUUCAACAAAGACAUCCGCAUUUGAAGAGCAACUAGGAAAAAUUCUCAUCAAUCACAAUGUUGAGCGUUAUAUAAAAAAAAGGUUAUACAAGAUUAUCAGACAGGGGAACAGAAACUCCCACAGGUGGACAACAACAUGGUGUGCAUCGUUUUCAAACUUAAUGGACCCACUUUGAGCCACAAUUGAUCUGUUGGUCAGUAUUUCGGAUGUGCUGCCUGUCUGGGCUCUGUGAUUGUGUCUUUUUUUACACUCUCACAUAAGUCAUUUGGUAAUAUCCAGACAAGAAAUUCAUGGGUUUCAGAUACAAAAACAGUCAUAAAGAGCAGUGAUUUAACAUCUAUCAAGGCCGAGGUGUGGUCAAAUCGGUAAACUACUGAAGAGUCAGUUCACCCAAACUAUCAAACAAAAACAUUUUUCUCACUUUCCCCUAGUAGGCUCUACCACGCAGAUAGUUCCAGUUUAAUGUGCUGAUAUUUCAGAAGAUGUUUCUCCUCUGAGUACUGCUGUAUGACGGUGAAUGUAUUUUUGUUUGUUUGUGGUGGCCAAAAUAUUGGAAAAUCAGAUUUACAGC